AUGGGAGCGCGGGGGGCGGGGAACGCGGAGACCCCGGGACCCCCGAACGGGCCGGGACCACCGGCACAGCCCUCGGGGACAGCACCGACGGGACCCGCGGAACCCAGCAGGGCCCCCAGGGCGAGCAGAGCCACCAGGAUCCCCAAACCAGCCAGGAUCCAGGGGCCGACUGAGACCGUGGGACCCCCGGAGCGAGCCGGGACCCCCGGCACCAGCCGGGACCCCCGGGCGGCCAAUGACCCCCCCGGGGCCCCGGUGCUCUACGGCGUGGCCCCAUCGGACGCUGCAGGCGAGGACGCGGGGGUGGCGCGGGGGCUGUUCCAGCGGGUCCGGGUGCUGUGCUGGGUGCUGACGGCACCCCAGAACCUGGAGAGCAGAGCCCGGUACGUGCGGGACACUUGGGCGCGGCGCUGCAACGUGGCCGUGUUCGUGAGCUCCGAGCCCGCCCCGCAUUUCCCGGCCGUGGGGCUGGGGGUGGCCGAGGGCCGGGGGCAGCUCUACUGGAAAACCAUCCGGGCUCUCCAGUACGUGCACCGGCAGCACCGCGCCAGCGCCGACUGGUUCCUCAAGGCGGACGACGACACCUUCGUGGUGCUGGACAACCUGCGCUGGCUGCUGGCCGCGCACCCGCCCCAGCGGCCCCUCUACUUCGGGAAGCGUUUCCGACCCUUCACCCGCCAGGGCUACAUGAGCGGGGGCGCCGGCUACGUGCUCAGCCGGGGGGCGCUGGCCCGAGUGGCCACCGCUUUCACCCGCGGCACCUGCGGCCACACCGGCCCCGAGGAGGACGUGGCGCUGGGGCAGUGUCUGGAGCGGCUGGGGGUGGCCGUGGGGGAUUCACGGGACACGUGGGGCCGGGAGACGUUCCACCCCUUCCCCCCCGAGAUCCACCUCACCCACCGCUUCGCCCGGGACUUCUGGUACCAGCGUUACUGCUGGUACCCCGUCGUGGAGGGUCCCCGGUGCUGCUCAGACCUGGCCGUGUCCUUUCACUACGUGCCGGGGGAGGAGAUGUACACGCUGGAGUACCUGAGCCAGCGCCUGCGCCCCUACGGCUACAGACCCCGCUACCGGCCCCCCCUGAGCCUCCCCGCGGCCCCAAACGCCACCGGGACCCCCGCGGGCCCCAACGCCCCCCGGAGCCAGCCAGGUCCCCGAGCACCCAAAGCCCCCAAGCCCUGCCCCUCCCCUUCCUGGUCCCCUCUGCGGUGA